AUGGCUAGCACGGUUGGAAAGGCGGCCGUCGCCUGGGGCGCUGGCGAACCCCUCUCCAUUGAGGAUAUCGAAGUCGCUCCCCCCAAGGCCCACGAGGUCCGCAUCCAGAUCCACCAUACCGGUGUCUGCCAUACCGAUGCCUACACCCUGUCUGGCAAGGACCCCGAGGGUGCCUUUCCCGUCGUGCUCGGCCACGAGGGCGCCGGUAUUGUCGAGUCCGUCGGCGAGGGCGUCACUUCCGUGAAACCCGGCGACUAUGUUGUUGCGCUCUACACUCCCGAGUGCCGGGAGUGCAAGUUCUGCAAGUCCGGCAAGACCAACCUCUGUGGCAAGAUCCGGGCCACCCAGGGGAAGGGUGUCAUGCCCGACGGUACCUCGCGCUUCAAGGCCCGCGGCAAGGACCUCCUCCACUUCAUGGGCACCUCCACCUUCUCGCAGUACACCGUGGUGGCCGACAUCUCCGUCGUCGCCGUGACCCCCAAGAUCGCCACCGACCGCUCCUGUCUGCUCGGCUGCGGUAUCACCACCGGCUACGGUGCCGCCGUGGUCACCGCCAAGGUCGAGGAGGGCUCCAAUGUGGCCGUCUUCGGAGCCGGCUGCGUCGGUCUGUCUGUCAUCCAGGGUGCUGUCAAGAACAAGGCCGGCAAGAUCAUUGUUGUGGAUGUCAACGACAGUAAGGAGUCGUGGGCGCGCAAGUUUGGUGCCACCGAUUUUGUCAACCCCACUAAGCUCAACGGCAAGACCAUCCAGGAGCACCUGAUCGAGAUGACCGACGGCGGUUGCGACUACACCUUUGACUGCACGGGUAACGUUGGUGUCAUGCGGGCUGCGCUGGAGGCGUGCCACAAGGGCUGGGGUGAGAGCAUCAUCAUCGGUGUUGCCGCUGCCGGACAGGAGAUUUCCACUCGUCCCUUCCAACUGGUCACGGGCCGCGUGUGGAAGGGAUGUGCCUUUGGAGGCAUCAAAGGUCGCUCCCAGCUCCCCGGCCUCGUGGAUGACUACCUGGCGGGUAACCUGAAGGUGGACGAGUUCAUCACCCACCGGGAGCCCCUGAGCAACAUCAACCACGCGUUUGAGCAGAUGAAGGCGGGCGACUGCAUUCGCUGUGUGGUGGAUAUGUCGUAG